UUCUUCUCAUCACCUCCUUUUAUUUUCAAAAGCAAAUCUGUAAAAAAAAUCUCAGAAAAGAAAAAUCAAUGGCGGAUGUUGAAUUUAGAUGUUUCGUAGGUGGGUUGGCGUGGGCAACCACCGAUCAAUCACUGGAGCACGCGUUUUCACAGUUCGGCGAAGUCAUCGAAUCGAAGAUUAUUAACGAUCGUGAAACUGGUAGAUCCAGGGGAUUUGGAUUCGUUACUUUUAAGGAUGAGAGAUCUAUGAGGGAAGCGAUCGAGGGUAUGAACGGCCAGGAGCUUGACGGCCGUAACAUCACCGUGAACGAGGCUCAGUCUCGCGGUAGCGGCGGCGGUGGCGGCGGCGGAUUUGGUGGCCCUCGUCGUGAAGGUGGUUAUGGAGGAGGCGGCGGUGGUGGAUAUGGUCGACGUGAAGGUGGUGGUGGUGGUUAUGGUGGAAACGGAGGCGGCGGCGGUGGAUAUGGACGUCGUGAAGGUGGUGGUGGUUAUGGCGGCGGCGGCCGUGGUGGAGGCGGUGGCUAUGGCGGUGACCGUGGCUACUCUUCCCGUGGUGGAGGAUCUGAAGGAAACUGGAGAGAAUGAGCUUGUUGUUAGGGUUUAGUUUGGUUUUAUUUUACAGUAAUCUUCAUGUUUGAAGUUUUCGGAUUCGAUUGUUGGUUUGGUUUCGUGGUUAUUCUAUCGGUUAUCGUUUUGUUUGAAGUCGUUUAUUGUCGAAUGUAUGAAUCAGUGUUUACAGAGUUCACAAUCAUGGAAUGAAGUUAAUUGUGGUUCUUACAUGUCCU